AGUGCAGUGAGUACUGUGCAGCCUACAGUCUGUGUCUUUAACAUCGGUGUCCCCUGGCAGAGAGAGGACAGGGACAGACCGAGCACCAGCCGCCGUCCUCUGCUCUCAGCUCCAGGCGGAUCGGAUGUCUUGUCUCUUCAUAGCAUGUUGUGAUAAAAAUCAGUUGUCGUCGCAACCAAAAUGGUGAAUCAGUAGCGUAACCCGCAUUGUAAGUGACAGACUAAGGUUUAGCAUGGCAGAGAGAAAGGGAAAACCUGCUACUCCAGUCAAAACAUUAACAAAGAAGGAGCAAGAGGAGCUCAAAAAGAAGGAGGAAGAAAAAGCAGCAGAGGUUUUUGAAGAAUUCUUGGCAUCAUUUGAGACAAAUCAAAAAAGUGGAGUGAAAACUUUUGUCCGUGGUGGUAUCGUGAAUGCAACCAAAGAGGAGGAAGCAGAAGAAGUGAAGAAAAAUAAGCUCUAUCGACCAGCCUCGAAGUUUAUCCCUUUGUCCCAGAAUGUGUCAUCCGCUGAAAGCAAAAAACCUACAUUCAAAAGAAAGACAGAAGAAAAGAAGAAGAGUAAUCUUGAACUAUUUAAAGAAGAACUUAAGCUAAUACAAGAAGAGCGUGAGGAGAGGCAUAAAAGGAAGAAUGACCCUGGAGGAGGAGGAGGAGGAGGAGGGGGAGGACGACAUGGAGAUCUGGACAUACCAUUAUCAGGGCGAUCAACAUUAUAUGAUGACCUAACUGUGCCAACGACCACUAACCUCUACAUAAGCUGCAUUAGCCCAAAGAUGAAUGAGGAGAUGCUGUGUAAAGAGUUUGGUAAGUAUGGUCCUCUGGCCAGUGUGAAGAUCAUGUGGCCCCGAACAGACGAGGAGCGCUGCAGGACAUCCAACAGAGCCUUUGUGGCAUUUAUGACACGGAAAGACGCAGAGAGAGCCUUGGCUGCACUCGACGGUAAAGUCAUUAUGGGCUUUGAAAUGAAACUCGGAUGGGGUAAACCAGCUCGGAUUCCACCUCAGCCUCUCUAUACGCCAGUGGGGGUGAGGGCGACACCGCCUCCCCCCUCUGGUCUGCCCUUCAAUGCACAGCCAAGGGAUCGCUUCCGCAAUGACUUCACUAAGCCGCUGGGCAUAUCUAAAGGGGACUUUGACAAGACUCUGUCCGAAGCCGUAGUCAAAGUGGUUAUCCCAACAGAAAGGAAUCUCUUAUUCCUUAUUCACAGGAUGAUAGAGUUUGUGGUGCGUGAAGGGCCCAUGUUUGAAGCCAUAAUAAUGAACAAGGAGAAAAACAACCCCGAAUACAGGUUUCUGUUUGACAACAAAAGCCAAGAUCACGUGUACUACCGUUGGAAACUGUACUCCAUCCUCCACGGAGAGUCCCCAACUGACUGGAGGACCACAGAUUUCCGUAUGUUUCGGGGAGGUUCACUGUGGAGGCCCCCUGUCCUAAACGACUACUCACACAGAGGUGAAGACAAACCAGAGGUGGAGGAGGGUAUUACGCCUGAGGAGGAGGUGAAGAAAGGGCAGCUAAAAACAGAACACAAACAGAGGUUGGAAACGCUGCUUAAAGAACUCACGCCACGGAGAGAAGACAUUGCUGACGCGAUGUUGUUUUGUCUAGAGCGAGCAGAGGCAGCGGAGGAAGUAGUAGGACUUAUUACUGAGUCUUUGGCUUUGUUUCAGACGCCUCUUCAGAAGAAGAUUGCCAGAUUGUAUCUUGUGUCAGACCUGUUGCACAACUCCUGUGCCAAAGUAGCCGGUGCAUCAUAUUAUCGUAAAUAUUUUGAAGCAAAGCUAACCCAGAUAUUUGGUGACCUCAAUGCGGCGUACAAAAACAUACAAGCUAGGCUGCAGGCGGAACAGUUUAAGCAAAAGGUCAUGAGUUGCUUUAGAGCAUGGGAGGAGUGGGCCAUAUACCCCGAGCCUUAUCUAAUCCACCUUCAGAAUAUUUUCCUGGGCUUUGCCAAAGUAGGAGAGGAGAUGAUGGAAACAGCAGAGGAGGUGUCCUCUGAUCUCGAUGGGGCACCGAUGGAUGGGGCACUUUUGGACAGAGCUGUGGAUGACUUGGACGGCUGCCCCAUGGGCUGGGACCCUCUGGAUGGAGUCCCUGUAGAUGACAUCGAUGGUGUUCCCUUAGGAGCUGCCAUGGAUGACAUUGAUGGGAUGCCAUUGGAAGACAGCAGUGCUCUUCUCUCCAGAGUGCCUUUGUCUAAAUGGGAGCAGACGAGUGAUACGGGAACAUUUUCUCCAGCCAAGCCUGAGUCUAAGUGGGACACUGUGGAGGAGCAGGACAGUGAAGAUGAAGUGAAUGUAAGCAGUAGAGUAAACCACGAGGAGGGAGGAGAGGACUCGGAGAGCGGCAGUAGUGACGACUCCAGCUCUUCAUCAUCCAAAUAUGACAGUGCAGACUUCCAGAGCUCCCUCAAGCGUUUUCAAAUGUCUGAGAGCAAAAGGAAAAGGUUGAGAGAGCUGGAGGUAAAAGUAAUGAAGGUCCAGGAUGAACUGGAAUCUGGCAAGAGACAGAGGAAGUCUGGAAUGAGCAUACAUCAACAGGUGGAGCACUACAGGAACAAGCUGCUACAGAGGGAAUUUGAAAAAGAUGGAGAAAAUAAGAGAUCCACAUCAAGAGAAAAGUCAAAGGAUGAGAGAAAAAGAGGCGACAACGGCAGCAGAAGACGAGGGCGGAGUAGAGAGUCUGCUGAGCAGGCCCGCAAAUCUGGGAGCACUUCUCCUUCAAAGACGAGGUCUCCAAAAUGGUCCAAACAUUCUCACUCACCAUCCCCCGAUCGGAAGACACACAAGUCCAGGUCACGGUCACCACAUCGCUCCCACAAGAAGAACAAGAAGAGCAAACACUGACUCUCAGCUCUGGACCCACCUUCAACUACUGUGCUGCAUCUGCCUGCUGGUGUCCAAUGGAUGAAAAACGCACUCUUUUGCAACACAGUGCUUUUCAAAAAGGGACUGACAGCUGCUCCAUUCCCUUGUUCCCAAGCAAGAUUCAGCACUCUUUUGUAUAAUGAAGUUUGAACACUGUUACUAAUUAUAUAUAUUUUGUUUUAAUGUUUGUUUUUAAAAGGAUAAUCAGAAAUGUUGCUGCAAAGCUCUGGCACUAAAUAAAAACACUGAUGUGAUG